CAAUACCGUACAGCAUUGAAUGGAAUUGGAAGUCUAGUCAUUUGAAGAUCAUCCAGAGUAGUGUAGAAGAACGUAACUGGUGUCCGAAUUUACAGCCAUGAACUUAUCAGAUAUUUUCCAACUGCGACUAUUUCUUUGUCUAUUGCUAUUUGCAAUAGCGAGAUCUUUUUCGCCUCUUCACCUAAGAGCCGGGAAGUUGACAUCCGAAUCUGUUCCUUUUAGAGAAAAUGUAGGGAGAAGAUCUACUCGUGCAUUGCUAUCGCCAAGACGAAAGUCUCAGAUUGUCUGCAAACCACACUGCGCAGAUCAAUUACUGUCUCGGCACGCAAAGUCCCGAGAUGAAGAUUAUGACGACGAUGACGACAUCAGUUUGGAUGAUAAAGAUUGGAGAGCUUUUCGAGCGAAGCUGGUCAUGGGUGAAAAGAAUCCAAGCGACGUUGACGAUGACAGAAAAUCUUCCAAACUUGGAAAAAGUUCUUCUUUCGAGAAUAGUAGUGAUUCAGGUGAUGAUAUAUACGCAGAUCAGGAAAACAACGAACCGAUCUCAGACGACGGCGACUUGGAUGGAAUUGGAUCUAUAUUCCGGGACGAGUUUGUACAAGGUUCUCAAUCGGAUUCAAAAGGCGAAACAAAAAUGGAAGAAUUGACACCUCUGGAUCCAUCACAAUGGGCAUACGACUCCGGGGAUGUAAUUGAACAAGGUGCCGUGAUUCUUGGAGGCAUUGAACAAGAGUUUGGAUUUGGUUUACGUCAGCAGUAUUUUCACAAAACAGUAAUUCUUGUUCUAGAUCAUUCCCCUACUUUUACGAAAGGAAUCAUAUUGAAUAGACCAACAGAUCUUACGCUCGAAGAUAAUAUCAACCCUGGUCUAAAAUGGAGGGUCUGGUUCGGAGGCGAUGUGGAGGGCUUGCAUGCACGGCAUCCUGACAUUAUCUGUCUACACUCUCUUAAGGACGAAAGGGCCACUAAGGCAAGCAUCCCUGUGAUGAAAGACAUCCGAUGGACAACAUUUGAUAACGCGAAGGUGCGUAAUUUGAGCAAAAUGGAGCUUCACAAAACAGCCACCGACACUCGUGAUAUCUAACACAUGCAUUGAAUUUUUUAGAAACUUGUCAAAGCUGGAAUUGCUAAUGUUUCUGACUUCUGGGUUUUUGUAGGAUAUGCUGGAUGGGGGCCUAAUCAACUGAAAGGUGAACUCGAAAGAAAUAGUUGGUAUAUGGCCGCAACAGACUCGCAAACACUUCUGAAAGAACUAGCCAGGCAAUCAGAAGGUGCUGAUCCUAGGGAUGCAGGUUUGUCGACUUGGACGCUUCUCAUGAAUAUGAUUGGAAGGAGUGAGACAGCAAGACAGUACUAUGUUCAAUUCGACGACUUGAUGCUCAAGGAAUGGGCUUUCAGUAAUUUACUCUCUGAAGCUGCAGGUGGAGGUGCAGGGAGGCAACAACGGGAUCCAGAAGAAUUCAAUACUAAUCCCGAGCUUGUCGAACAACUCACAAGUCUUCUUGAAAAACGUCCAGAUCCGCCGAUUGAGGGUGCCCUCGUCUCUGCGUCAGGAGUUGAUAGGUCACCAUUUCUACUGCAAAAACAAGAAUACCACAAGUCAAUUGUAUUGAUACUGAAAGAAGAUAAGCUAGCAACAGUUGGUGUCAUAUUAAAUAGAGUAUCGUCCAAGGGCAUUGAUAUCCAAGUAAACGAUCUGAAGACAGGGGGUAAGAAGGUUGUUACUAUUCCGAUGAGAUUUGGUGGGCCUUAUUCAAUACAGGGCGAGGAAUCGCUCCUCUGGAUACAUCGCAGCGAAGCUUUGCGAAAAGCCAGUAUUGGACAUCCAGUAGGGAAUGAGGAAAGUAACGGAAUUUGGAAGUGCACAACAGAAGAUGUCAUGAAAGCUGUCGGUCAAGGAAUCGCGCCACCCGAAGAUUUUAUAGUAGUGAGUGGUGUAUCUAUUUGGCCAAAACAGGAGGGUGCAGAGCAGGGAAUCCAGGGCGAAUUAGAAUUGGGAAAUUUCAGGUUGGUAUCCGAAUCCGUACGGGAUGAUAUGUGGUCAACUCUGUUGAAACAGCAGGUACUUCUCAAGAAGACAAACUUCAUCGAGAGCCUUAGACUCUCGGAGGAGGCAUGGUCGUUUGCGGAAUCUGACAGUGCUAAGAAGAAAGAAAUGCUGAGUCCCAUGAGUGGUUUGGGAGAGAAUUUUGACGAGGAAGAUGAUUCUCUUGUAUUCAAAUCCGACUACAAAGUAUCUCGACUCUCUGAUGAUGCGUUGCGAGGUUGGUGUGCAGUUUUCUUGCUGGGUAUGACUAAUUUUGAAAUUUAAUUGCAGCAAAUGUUCCAUAUUGUUUAUUAAUUUGCUGC